AUUUUGGACCGCGGUUUAUGGAAAAUGAAUUUGUUAUCGCUUUACGUUGCAAACAUUUACAAACGUGCAGCAUUUUCGGUCGUGGUGGCGACUCUAUUUUAAAUAGAUUGAUUUCUGCAUAAAAUUUCGACGCAAUUCAAUUGAUGGGUGUUUGUAUUUUGCAGUAUUUACGUUCUUAAAUAAUAAAUCCUAAAUUGUUAACUGAAUUUUAAUCACUUUUUCGUUGAUUUUAAGGUGCUUCCAGGCACAUCUUGGGAAUUUAUUACUUGGAUUUGUACUGAUUUUGAUAAAAACUGUGGCUGUUGAUUACGUAUCAUACAAUAUGACUAAAUCCUUUGUUGUUCUUGUCAUGAGCUUUAUGACAUUUUGUAGUCCCGAAAUAUACAUGGGGAUAAGCCGCUUAGGAAAGGAGUCAGAUUAUUUCGCGAAAUUUAAUUUUUUGUCUGCAAACAGUUCGAUACAUUUCGAGUUUGCUUUCCUUGAGGAUUUACUGCCAAUGAAGAUGAGGGCGUUUUGGGACUCCCCAAGAAUGUGGUUAGCUGCUUCACAAAGACCUUUGGUUUCGUGUUCUAAAAGACAGUCUUUGUUAAACAGCUUGUCUGCUAAUCAAUUAUUCCAUUUGGAUCCAUACAUGGAUGGUUGGUGUCAAAAAAUAAGUUUGUCUGAUAAAAUUUACAAUGAGUUAACAACAUCUGCCCAUGAAUUGCCUAUCGACUGGUCAUCUAUUAUGACUACAAUUACUGCUAAACUAACUGGAUAUUUCAAUAAAUCUGAAGAACCUAAAGAAACAAAAUUAAUCGUUGUUAAUACUACUUUCAAUUCAACAACAGUAACAACACCAAUAGAAGCCAAUGCAACUGAAACAAAUUAUCUAAUCGAAAAUGGCAAACCAAAUUAUUGGUUUCCUGAAACAUUGAAAAUGGCCUGGUCUGAUUAUAAAUCAAAUGCACAAAAUGAAAAUCAACUGAUAGCAUCAAGUCAAUGGAUCUAUUGUCAAUCAGCAUAUAUACCACUAAUUGUUAAAAAACCAUCAUGGUGGUUUUUUGCCUUUGAUAAUUGUGAUGAAUCAAUGCUAGAUAAUGAAAACAGACCAUUGAUUACAACAAAAUAUUCUUAUCUAUGGGAUAAAAUAGCUUAUCGGAUAACAUUGAGAAAUGGUGAAUACGGCGAUUUCUUCCGUGAACAUUUUUCUACACAAGAAUUUGGAAAACUAGAAAUCGACUUGGUAUUUUCCUUAUUUUUGGGAUCAUUAUUUCUUAUGGCAAAUUUAUUAUUUUUUCACUUGUAUCGUUCAAAAUUACUACAUCCUACAAUUAUUUUAUGGUAUUCAUCAGUUGGUUUACGUUUUUUGGCUCAAUUAAUUCAACUGAUUGUUGAUGUGAAUUUUGCUAAAACAGGAUAUUUUAAUCCAUUCAAUACAUCAUUAGCGAAAUUCUUCUAUGCCUUGUCUAUCAGUUGUUUCUAUGCAAGUCUGCUAGUUCUUGGAAGUGGAUUUACAACAAUUUAUCAAAGUAUUUCACGUAAUCAUAAGAUCAUAUUUAUUAUACUGACUGCUAUUCACACAUUGGUUAAUAUUAUCUGUCAAAUAUUAAUAGAAUUAACACAUUAUGAAGUCCAUGUGUUUUCACGUUAUCAUUCUAGUCCUGGAUUUGUUUAUCUAGGCUUACAGCUGUGCAGUUAUAUUGUAUACAUCUUUAUAUCUUCAUAUACAUGUAUUAAAUGGUCAGCGAAAAGAAUACUUUUGAUUAAAUUUAUGGCUGUCAGUUCUAUUUGGUUUUGGACCGUUCCUUUAUGGAUGCUUAUCUGUUUAAAUUAUGUUCACAAUUGGUAUAUUGAAACAUUUAUACGUAUAUGGGAAGAAUUAAUACAUCUUACUGGAUUUAUUGUCAUGAUGAUAUUUUUAAGACCAGAGAAGAUAAAUACAAUAUUUCCAUAUCAUGCAAACUCUUUGUCAACUGACGGAGAUCAACGCAACAAUGAAGAUUGGAAGGCGAAACUAGUCACUGAAUCUAUCAGUAAAUCAUCAUCACCAGCAUCAGCAUCGAAGACGCCCUCCAAAUCAAUAACAACUACACAAAAAAGCGCUGAACAGUCAAGAGACAAUGAAAAAAUUGAUCCAAUCAAAAAGGUUCCACCUAAACGUCCAAAUCCACCAAGAUUAUUUAAUUUAACUGGAAAACCAGGUGAUCUACCAGCACCUGGAACUGCUAUCACUAGUGGUUUAACUGAGUUGAGUAAGACAACUACUGAGGUAACCAAACGUCCGCAAACAACACCAACUCUGAGUAGUAGUCAUAAUGACAGUCCACGACUUAAACCUAUUGAUAAGGCUAGUUCAGCCUAUUAACACGUUAUAUAUAUAUACAGACAGGCACGAUUACACAACUUUGUGUCGUUCGCAUGUCUGUGUGUGCCUGGUGAAGGUAUUAGUAUGAGUAAAUAUGAAACAGUAUGUCUGUUGUUUUUUUAGCUUCUAUUAUAGUACUUUUAAUAAACAAUAUUAUUAUGCUAUAUA